UAAAGUAUCGCGAGAGUUCCUUCGGCACCGUGCUACCAACAUGGCAGGCAGCAAGUUGGUGCUAGAGGGAAGAGUAAGUAUAAAAGCCUUUAUUUUAGGAUUCAGCGUGGUUGUGAUUCCACUGAUCCGAACCUGGUUUGGACAUCUUGACUGGGUCUUUGAUUAUCUGACGGAAACGUCCGGGAAAAUAGCGAUUUGCAUCCACGUAGCGGUGAUCAACGGCCUCUUGCUAAUCGUUUACAGGGGACCUCUGUACAAGGUUGCUGUGAGAGCCGGUUUCUUGGGAGUUACCUUUGGCUGUGGCUUAAUCCUAAGCUUCUCUGAAGGCACGUGGACACAUUUUGGCUGGUACUUGUGCUCGCUCUCGUUCUUCCAUUACUCCGAGUACCUGGUGACGGCCAUCAUCAACCCUCGCAGCUUGUCGCUGGACUCGUUCCUGCUCAACCACAGCGUGGAGUACACGCUCGCUGCUGUCUCGUCAUGGCUGGAGUUUACUGUGGAGAAGCUGACAGUUCCAGAGCUGAAGCAGCUGAGCUGGUUGAGUGUCGUAGGGCUGCUCAUGGUGCUCUGUGGCGAAGGCCUGCGUAAGGCUGCCAUGUUAACUGCCGGCUCCAACUUCAACCACAUCGUCCAGAAUGAGAAGGCCCAGAGCCACGUGCUGGUCACUAGUGGGGUCUACUCCUACUUCAGACACCCCUCUUAUGUGGGCUGGUUCUACUGGAGCAUAGGAACACAGGUCAUGCUGUGUAACCCCGUGUGUAUAGUGGGCUACACGAUAGCCAGCUGGCGGUUCUUCCGCGAGCGGAUCGAGGAGGAGGAACUGUCCCUCAUCCAUUUCUUUGCCGAGGACUAUGUGGAGUAUAAGAGGAAGGUUCCCACUGGGCUGCCUUUCAUCUCUGGCAUCCGCGUCAACUAGUCCCAGCAGCUGGAUGUACCAGACUGACAGCGCUGAAGCAAGUCAGACCCGGUGGGUGUGUGACAUCUACAGCGACUGCCCUCCAGAGGGAAACCUGGAUCCGUCUGAGAGCCACAGCCUCUCAUCCGGACUGUGACCGCUGGGACGGCAGCAGGCAGCUGGACUGCUGUGUUUCUACUGGCCUCUGAAAUCCAGUUAAAGACCAGACAACCUUCACCUUUACUCCAUGUAUUCCAGUCACACUCCUCCUGUUUCAGUUGUUUGUUUACAUGCAGCCACCGUGAUUAGUGUUUUGUUGGCCAUCUGUUACGUUGAAUGUGCUCCAACCGUUCAUUAUCGGCUCACACUGAAAUUGUCGUUCCCUGAACCUUUAAGGCAAGAGCCUUUGUCACUGGUUUAUCAGCCGUAGCUUCAGACUUUAUUUAUGUCCCAACAGAUUUCCUUUACAUUUGAUAUAUGCUGAUAAUGAUCCAAUAAAUGCGUAGCUAGAUGACAGCUGCGUAGUAUUUACUGAGUUCAAAUUUUGGAAAUUCUGUUUCAAAAUAUUGUUAAGGUUUAAGUUCAUCUGCACUGCAAGAUCCUCUGAUUCUUUAUCACACUGCAGAUACUAGGAACUCCACCACCACGUGUGUCUGGACACGGUAUAUUAUGGCAGCGCCAUUAUGUGGUUGACUGAGGCAACAAUGGUGUGAAAUGAUUCAAACACAAGCUGCAGAGCUUGCUUAAAGAGAAGACCUCAUUUUAUACUCAAACAACGCUUCCCUUUCAGAUGAUUAGUUUGUGGUUGUCUUGUUUGCUUUAGAUGAACAUCUGGAAUAAUUCCACUGGAUCCACAAGGGCUGUGGACUUUGACUCCUGUGAUUGAAAGUGUGAGAUCUUCAUGGUUGGAAGGCAGAAAAAUGUCCUCACUGCUCGAAUAGAAUUCUGCUUAAGUUGUGAUUUGUUUGUAACGUAAUUAUAGAAACUUCUCAUCUUUCCAUCAUUUACACUCAAUUAUCCAGCACUUUAAAACAAAGACCCAGAUUCUAAACCGUGUAGCCGCUGUUCUCCAUGACAUGUCGUCAUGAGCACUAAAUGAUUCAACUCUAUUAACUGAGUUUAGAUGGUGAGUGCAGGCGUCACUUUCUGAGUUGAACCUUUUUGUCUCCCCCUCAUUUAUUAUCAUUAUGAUUUUUGCUCAAUUUUAUUGUUUGUUCUGUUACUUUGUGUUGGAAACCAAACCAAUGACUGAGCUCUUCUGUCGGUGCAGGUGUUGGUCUCUUCAAUCUGUCCAGUGGCCUUGUGUCCUUUCACGCCCCAAACGCUGGACCGGGGUCUGCUUCAGACGAAGAUUAUUCUGGAUCGCCUUGAAAAGAAAAGAUGCAAAGCUAUGUGGGAUGUGCUGAUGUUUGGAUGAUGUGUUAAUGAUUGAACCUUUUUCUCAGUAACUGAUCGACUUGUUUGGACAGUUGAUAAAUUGACCAGAUGGACGGUCAUCUUGGUGACAUCAGACAUCUCGUCCUCAUUUAUCCUGGAGGUUCUCAGUUUCACACACUAUGCAGCCUUAACACAACUCAACCCAAGUAACCAGUUUUGUCCAGCAUGACCCCCUUUAGGGUGGAUGCUUUGAUCAUUUGAUAACAGCACGUAGCAAAUGUUCACAUCGGGUUUCUGGCCUUAAUCCACAAAUGUAAUCUCUCCAACAGCCAGUGUUUCCUUUAGUCCACCAGGUGUGAUCACACCAGAGUGUGCUCAUCUGAGCACUGUCAGGCUGUAGCAUGAUGAGUCUGUCACUCAUCCCAACUCUCAGGACAAAAAUGGUUCGGUGGCAUGUUUUAGUUUGCACUCAUGGGCGUCUCAUGGUCCACAGGCCUGACACUCGGCUCCCAUGUGGUCGUUGGUUCAUCGUUGACCCUCAAGCUUCAAUUAUUGAAGUCCAGCAGCAGCAGCAGACGUGUUUAGGAUCCUUUCUGUUAUUCGCGUUCAUGCAGGGUCAUUUUCAUUGGAUGCUCGCUGUAACCAGUCAACAUAGAAAAGGUCCUUUCUGAUUCUCAUUAAUGGAAACCGAAUCUAUGCUCCACGUUCUUUAUGCUGUUGCAUGUAUGAAAAUGCAAAAGCAUCACAUCAUAUACAGUCAAAGAGAUGUGAUAACCUUAACGAAGUGCUCGUACUGUUGGAACACUGUGCUGCAAAGAGACGAGUCUCUUGUCACAGAUGGAAGUGAUUUGCAGUUUCCUCAUCGCCUCCGUUAGCAAUAAGCAGAGUCUGAGCCUCUGAAACCAUCACACAUCUGCACCCUUUGGGUUAAUGUAAAUAUGAGCUCAGUCCUUAGAGAGCGGUCCAGUUCUCAGUCGUGCCCAGAUGGUUCAUGGUUUUAUUAUUUACUGUCCACCCGAGCUUGGGCUCAGGUUUUUAAGUUCACCUGUGACAUUGAAUGUUGACGGGUUCUUUGUGGAAGUGACUGGACUCAUUUUACAUGGGAGUGAUGGAGGGUUGUUCUUUCAUUGUUCCUCACAUUAAUACAGUGUGUGUUUGCUAGACACAACCAAGAGCCACAUAAAAGCUAUAUCACUUAUACAGUAUAUUACAUAUUCUACUAGUCAGAAAUUUAUUAUUUAAACUCCGACAAAAUAAAGAAUUAUGUUGUAAACGGACA